AUGGAACAUUACACUCCCGUUGACUACCCAUCAAACAAAGAUUACGAUAGAGUUACACAUGACACCAUCACUACUCUCAUUGUCAAGAAUGUCCCACUUUCUGUAACUGCAUCCGUAGACCAAGCGUCUAAUUAUUUUAGUCAAUAUCCCACUCUGGAUAUUCGGUUGAUGCAAGGUCCUGCAAUGAGAGGAGUUGCUUUCCUUGAUUUUGCUGAUCGGAGCACGGCCGCACGCGUCUAUCAGCAAUUGCAAGGUUUAACUAAUGGACCAGAUACAAAGCCACUUGUAGUCGAAUAUGCCACCCCUCAUCCAAAGAGGGCAUCCCAAUCUCGAGUGAAUCAAGACACUGGCAUUCAAUCUACACUUCCGGUCAACAAUAUCUCACAAAAAGAUGUAGAAACCAAACCUGAACCUGUUGCGCCUACUCUUGGUCUUAAUUAUCCCCCCAAUCCACAUCUUUGUUACCGAUAUCCUGAUCCAACUCCCGAGAUUUUAUCUAAUAUUAUGCACGCAAUUGGAUCUGUUCCUCGAUUGUAUGUUCAAGUGCUUCAUUUGAUGAACAAGAUGAAUCUUCCUCCGCCGUUCAAACCUGUUGAUCGUGAUUCGAUCCCAAGUCUUCUUAAACGGAAGCACAGUGAGAUGCUUGCUAGUGAUGAAUCCGAACUUGAAUCUGACGGUAGCUCAGAUGAUGAAGCUUCGCGAAGAUUGAUAGAGAAAAAGGCACGUCAAAGACAAAUUGCAGUCAAAGAACAAAAGAAAGCUCUCCGGCGUACAGAGACAAAGUCGGUUGCCGAGCCUGUUGCAGAAGAAGCCAAGGAUAGAGACACCAAGCGAAUUAAAAUUGUCCUUCACAAUGAUCUGGAUAUCCAACCCAUACAAGAAGCCAAAAAAGACCAAGAACAACAAGAACAACAAGAACAAGAACCAAUUGAGGAUGAUAAUACUGUUUCGAAAAAUAAUUUCUACAGCUUGGACUAUAUACAAUCAAAUCGUCUACCCUCUCAAGAAUUAAAAGAACUGGCUGCCUUUAAGAAUCAUAGUCCAGGUGAAGUAUCUAAUAAGCUGUACAUCAAGAACUUGGCAAAGGAUGUCCAAGAAGAUGAUUUGGAGAGAUUAUUUGGUCAGUUUGUCCUGGAGGCUGAUGGGAAAUAUACUCCGGGUAAGCUUGGUAUUCAGCUUAUGAAAACUGGUCGCCUAAAAGGACAGGCUUUUGUGAGCUUUCCUAGCCCGCUCAGUGCUCAAUCUGCGCUUGAAUCAACCCAUGGAUUCUUACUACAUGACAAGCCAAUAGCAGUCAAAUUCAGCAAAUCAUCGGCGUGA